AUGGCCGAACGCAACCCCAAGCCGGGCGACAACUGGGCGCUCCGUUACGACUGCAUGCGAUUCCACAUCCCGACUUCUUUCUGUGACCUGCCGUUUAUGUGUUACGAUAAGGAGCUCCAGACACCUUACCUCCUGUCCCGAAGCGAUUUGGCGUCGCAGGUUUCUCGAUACAUCGAGACCUUCAACCUCAACAUUAUCAACUCUGCGAAUAUCCAGUCGACGCACUACGACCCAUCCACCGAGCGCUGGCACAUCAGUUUCCAGACUCCGGCCGGUCAGCGUUCUGCUGUCUCCAAGCAGCUCGUCUUGGCGACUGGUAUUGGGUCACAAAAGCCUAACAUCCCACAGAUCGCAGACAAGGAUCUUUAUCAGGGAAUCAGCGUCCACUCCGCACAAUAUCAGAAUGCGAAGGUGCUAGCCGAGAAGGGAGCCAAGUCUGUCCUCGUAAUUGGAUCCGCCAACACUGCGUUCGAUGUACUAGAGGACUGCCACAAUGCCGGUCUCAAGUCGACCAUGAAUGUCCGCUCUCCCACGUACAUCGUCCCUGUCGACUACGUCUGCCACAAGAUGAGCCUGGGUGCAUAUGACUUUGGCGUCGAGGCUGCUGACAAGCUCUUUUUGUCCCUUCCCUCAAGCGUAGAUGGCCAGUUGGCUCGUGGGCUGUUCGCGGUGUUUGCUUCCCAGGAGCCGAAGCGAUAUGCAGCCCUUGAGGCUGCCGGCUUCCCCGUUCUUGACAGUAGUCACCCCACCUCAGCCUUGAUGCACAACUUGCUAGAGAAGGCUGGCGGCCACUACGUUGAUGUGGGUGGUACCAAGUUGAUCGAAGAAGGAAAGGUUGGGAUCAAGGCGGGUGUCGAACCUGUCGCGUACACUGCGACCGGUCUCCGGUUCUCGGAUGGAAGCACCGUUGAUGCGGAUGCCAUUGUGUGGUGCACUGGCUUCUCUGAUGGGAACUUGAGCAGCACUGCGGCUGAGAUUCUCGGCGGUGGCUCUGAGCUGAGUGGAACUGCAAAUGGCACCACCCACGGUGCCUCAAACGGCGACGGCAAGCACCUUUUCGGUCCCCAUGAGCUUGCAGAGCGCGUUGACUCGACUUGGGGUGUUGAUUCCGAGGGUGAGGUACGCGGUAUGUGGAAGCGUCACUCGCGUCUUGACAACUUCUGGGUGAUGGGUGGUUAUACUCAACAGCACCGCUGGCACUCACGUACCCUGGCACUGCAGAUCAAGGCUGCACUCGCGGGAAUCCUACCUCCUGCCUAUCGCGAUACUCCCUCGCCCAAGGUCAAAUAG